AUGGCUCCAUCACUCCUUUCCUUGGGUGCUGCGGCUCUGGCCUUGGCCGGCAACGGUGCCGCUGUCCAGUGGUAUCUCGAAGACACCUACAACUCGACCAACUUCUUUGACAAGUUCGAUUUUAUGACCAUUGACGACCCCAACAGUGGAUAUGUCAACUACCUGGGUCGCACGGAAGCCAUCAAUGCCGGACUUGCCGCGGUUCAGGAUAAAGAGGUCGUCCUUAGGGUUGAUAGCAAGUCAUCAUUUACAACAGCCGAAAGAAGGCGUGGUCGUGACAGUGUGAGACUGGAGUCCAAGGCGAGACUCAACCAGGGCCUUAUGAUUGCCCGAUUCACUCACCUGCCUCAGAGCGCGUGUGGCACCUGGCCUGCCUUUUGGACCGUCGGUGAUACCUGGCCGCAGGAUGGCGAGAUCGAUAUCAUCGAGAAUUGGAACCUCCGGGGCGUCAACAAUCCCGCCUUUCACAUGGCUAACGCAGCCUCCUAUGGCAGUUGCAGGAUUGACAGCGCAGACCAAUCCGGCGACCUCAUCACCCCCAACUGUGACAACUACUACACAGACUACAAUACCCAGUGGCUUAACCAGGGCUGCGUCGUUAAGGAUAAUGGUCCUUCGGGUGGUAGUGGUGGCGUGUAUGCCAUGGAGUGGACCAGCGACCACAUCAAGAUCUACUCGUGGUUCCCAAACCAGGUUCCCUCGAACAUUGGCUCUAGCUCUCCCGAUACGUCCACUUGGGGUGCGCCGACCAUGCACCUGAGGAAAGAUCUUUGCAAUAUCGACAAGAUCUUCAAGCCCCAGCGAAUUGUCUUGAACAUUGCUAUGUGCGGCAACCCCGUUGAAUUUUCAGCAUGGGAGGGCACCUGCAAGAACACGCAUGGCGACAGCUGCCGAGACUACGUUGGCCAGAACCCUGAUGCCUUUAAAGAUGUUUACUUCCAGGUUCAGGAUAUUCGCAUCUUCAACCAGGACGCCCCCAAGACUACUGCCACCUCCACUACUGCCACCACCAUGGCGUCGUCUUCCACAUCCAAGUCUGAGAUUUCCACGGCCUCUGCCACACCAAGCACAAAGGCCUCGUCCACGUCCAAGUCUGAGAUUUCCACAGCCUCUGCCACGCCAAGCACAAAGGCCUCGUCCACGUCCAAGUCUGUCAAGAACACCUCGACCUGGAAAUCAUCCAACUCAACCUUGAGCACAGUGUCCAAGAGCGCUGGCUCUGUGAGCGUCAGCAUUGCCUCCAAAGCCUCCGACUCUACUGUUCCGACCGUUUCUACCCAGGUUCCCGUCACCUUCUCAACCUCGGUGCCCAGCUUGUCAACGAGAUGGCCCAACUCCACAAUUGCCUCUUCCGUUGAAAUGACCACCUCGACUGUGUAUACCACCUCUACUCGUACCAUCACCAGCUGCCAACCAACCGUCACCAGUUGCUCCGUUGGCAAGGUCACCACUGUGACUCUCCCUCUGUACAUUACCAUCUGCCCCGUCUCUGCUGUCGAGACCAAGACUCCCGCCCCCAAGCCCACCAAGACUUCCGCCAACGGUGGUAACGGCGGUAACGGCCCUGAAAAGACUACCAUCACUACUAAGGUGACCAAGACUUAUACCAUUACCAGCUGCGCUCCCACUAUUACCAACUGCCCCGUUGGUAAGGUCACUACCGAAGUCUUCACUACCACGUACUGCCCCGGCGAGGAGACGGCGGUACCAACUGGCUCUAAUGGCGGUAACAACCCCAACGGUGGUAACGGCGGCAAUAACCCCAACGGUGGUAACGGCCUUGAUAAGACUACUAUCACUACCAAGGUGACCAAGACUUAUACCAUCACCAGCUGCGCUCCUACUAUCACCAACUGCCCCGUUGGUAAGGUCACUACCGAAGUCUUCACUACCACAUACUGCCCUGGCGAGACGGCAGUACCAACUGGCUCCAAUGGCGGUAACAACGGUAACGGUGGCAACAGCGGCAAUAAUGGCAACAAUGGCAAUGGUGGUAAUAAUGGCAACGGUGGUAACAGCGGCAAUAAUGGCAAUGGUGGUAAUAAUGGCAAUAGUGGCAACAACGGCAGCAAUGGUAAUAAUGGCAAUGGCGGUCAAAACGGUGGUAACAAUGGCAACGGCGGCAAGGGCCCUGACAAGAUCACAAUCACCACCAAGGUGACCAAGACUUACACCAUCACCAGCUGCGCUCCUGGUGUCACUAACUGCCCCGUCGGUAAGGUUACCACCGAAGUCGUUCCCACCACAUACUAUCCGGGCAAAGAGACACAUCCCACUGAAGCAACUGGUCCAAAGGGCGGAUUCACCGCUCCGCCCCCUUUCCACCCUUCCAAGACCACCAUCCACAACACCCAGACAAUUGUUUCCGUUCCUCAGCCAGCCAAGCCCAGCGGCGGAAACAACAACAACAGCACCACCAACGGUACCAGCAUCGCCCAACCCCAACCCGGACCCAGCGGCUCCCAGGUCUGUGUCGGGCCCUCGUGCGGCGCGCAGCCCAGCAGCCCAGCACCCAAUACCGGCAACGGGGGCUGCACCGGUCCCAACUGCCCUCCGACUGUUGUCAGCGGUGCUGCCAAGCAGAGCCUGAGUGCCCUCGUUGUCCUCGGUGCUGUCGCCGCUAUGAUGCUGUAA